AUGAGCCUGAGAGAUGGAUUGAGGGAAGCAGAAGAAAAGGUCGAUGAGCAUUUGGAUGCCCACUGUGACUGCCUCAUCCAAACCGGCUACAUUCUUCGCUUCUGCGAGGAGGAGGAGGAGGAGGAGGAGGAGGAGGAGGAGGAGGAGGAGGAGGAGGAGGAGGAGGAGGAGGAGGAGGAGGAGGAGGAGGAGGAGGAGGAGGAGGAGGAGGAGGAGGAGGAGGAGGAGGAGGAGGAGGAGGAGGAGGAGGAGGAGGAGGAGGAGGAGGAGGAGGAGGAGGAGGAGGAGGAGGAGGAGGAGGAGGAGGAGGAGGAGGAGGAGGAGGAGGAGGAGGAGGAGGAGGAGGAGGAGGAGGAGGAGGAGGAGGAGGAGGAGGAGGAGGAGGAGGAGGAGGAGGAGGAGGAGGAGGAGGAGGAGGAGGAGGAGGUCCACAUUCGCCAACGAACACUCUCCAUUCUUUUUCUCCUUCUCACCUCCAUUCUUCUUUGCCUCAAACUCAACCACCUCCAUUUCCUCCUCCUCCUCCUUCUCUUACUCCUCCUGCGUAUUUCCAUCCCGGUUCUCAUCCAGUAUCCCAUCACCUACAAACAGACACACACCUAUGCAAUGCAUGUAUCUGAGCACCUCAAUUGUGCGCCUACAUGUAUCUUCUUCCCCUCCAACUGA